AUGGUCGUCGGCACAGUCCCCUCGGUUGUCACCGGGACCAUGCGGGAGGAAAGUGAGCGGGCAAAAAUAGGAGCCAUUUGUUCCCAGCAGGCACAACUGUCUCAGGCUUUAAAUGGCAUUUCAGAUAAAGCAAAGGAAGCAAAAGAGUUCCUUGUUCAGCUGAAAAACAUUUUGCAGCAGAUACAGGAAAAUGGCUUGGACUAUGAAGCUUGUCUGGUUGCUCAGUGUGACGCUUUGGUGGAUGCUUUAACACGCCAGAAGGCAAAACUGCUCACAAAAGUUACCAAAGAGCGUGAGCACAAGUUAAAGGUUGUAUGGGACCAGAUAAAUCACUGUACUCUGAAACUGCGUCAGUCUACAGGGCUUAUGGAAUAUUGUCUUGAAGUUAUCAAAGAAAACGACCCUUCAGGGUUUCUACAGAUUUCAGAUGCUUUAAUCAAACGUGUUCAAGUUUCUCAGGAGCAGUGGGUAAAAGGAGCUCUGGAACCAAAAGUGUCCGCUGAAUUUGAUCUGACUUUGGAUAGUGAACCUUUGCUGCAGUCCAUUCACCAGCUGGACUUCAUUCAGAUGAAAUUCCCGCCAGUCCCGCUGCUGCAGCUGGAGAAGUGCUGUACCCGGAACAACAGUGUGACAUUGGCCUGGAGGAUGCCCCCUUUUAGUCACAACCCAGUGGAGGGCUACAUCUUGGAACUUGACGAUGGAGACGGUGGCCAAUUCCGAGAAGUGUAUGUUGGUAAGGAGACCCUAUGCACUAUUGAUGGCCUUCAUUUCAACAGUACCUACAAUGCAAGAGUCAAAGCCUUUAAUUCCUCAGGAGUGGGCCCUUACAGCAAGACUGUUGUUUUACAGACUUCUGAUGUGGCCUGGUUUACAUUUGACCCAUCUUCAGCCCAUAGAGACAUAGUCCUGUCAAAUGACAACCAGACUGCUACCUGCAGUAGCUAUGAUGACCGUGUUGUUCUGGGCACAGCAGCUUUCUCAAAGGGAGUCCACUACUGGGAACUGCAUGUAGACCGUUAUGAUAACCAUCCAGAUCCAGCCUUUGGAAUUGCUAGAAUUAAUGUUGUCAAGGACAUGAUGCUAGGAAAGGAUGACAAGGCAUGGGCUAUGUAUGUCGACAAUAAUCGCAGCUGGUUCAUGCACUGCAAUUCUCACACUAAUAGGACAGAAGGGGGUGUUUCGAAAGGUGCCACCGUUGGUGUUCUUCUGGACCUUAACAAACACACCCUAACCUUUUACAUAAAUGGGCAGCAGCAGGGACCUCCAGCAUUUGAAAACGUGGAGGGCGUCUUCAUGCCUGCGUUAAGUCUCAACCGAAAUGUUCAGGUGACUCUCCACACAGGACUUGACGUACCCCAGACUGUAAGACCUCCCAAGUUGCCAAGCAACUGA